CCGCUGAAGACGCACCGCAGCCCAAAGAAUCCUGUGAUCACUUUUCCAGUUCCCGUGGAGCUGUCAUGUCUGUGAGUGUGAACCUUGUUGGCCCUGCUCCCUGGGGCUUUCGCAUAAAUGGUGGAAGGGAUUUUAGGAAGCCCAUCACGGUAUCUAAGGUGACUGAACGCAGCAAAGCAGCCCUUGGUGACCUUCAGCCCGGCGAUGUCAUAAUCUCCAUCAAUGGUGAGAGCACUGCUGAGAUGCUUAAUGUGGAGGCACAGAACAAGAUAAAGCAGAGCUCUGGGCAGCUGCAACUGCAGGUGGACAGGUCUCAGCAGUUUUCUCCCAGCCAUACCAAUGGUGAAAGUUCCGCAGAGAUGCUGAGCAUACGAUUUCAGGAUUCUCUAAGAACCAGAGAUGACGGUCAAAGUUCAUUGAGAUCUUCCUACUCUAGUCCAGCUUCCAUCAGCCCACGACCCAGCAGCCCCUACUCUCCUUCAUCUCCUGGAUUUCGUCCUGCCAGCCCAUACAGCCCACAGAGGCCCAGUUUGCCCAGUGACAGCAGAGGAGAGUCUGUAGUCAAUAAUCGCAGCUUCCAGUCUCUGGGGAGUUCUUUUGGAACCUCUGAUGAACACUGCCAGCCCUCCCAUGGGCCUCAGAAUCCAAGCAACGGACAGGAGCGGAGAUCUUUCAGCACCAAUGGGUCUCCCAUUACAGUCUUGCCUCCACUGAAUGGUUCUCCAUCCCCAGGAGCAUAUUCACUCUGCCACCCUUGGGAACUGAGGAGGGACAAUGACAGGAGCUCUCCCUCUUAUCACAGACGUUACAGUCUGGAUUCGGAACCAGCCAUGCGUCGUUUAGAAGGGGACUCUGAAGUUUACAAGAUGAUGCAGGAAAACCGUGAAACCCGGGCCCCACCACGACAGUCGAGCACUUUCCGUUUGCUCCAAGUAGCCCUGGAGCAGGAUGAAAAAGAGGGCACAGUGAAUCACUACCCCAGCCAGCUGUCUCCCAGCACUCACAAGCCAGUCAGCAGUUCUGCAGCAGGCACCCAGAAGCUGCAUGUGUGUGAGAAAUGCGGCAGCAGCAUCACAAACCAAGCAGUGAGGAUCCAAGAGAACCGCUACCGCCAUCCCUCCUGCUACACCUGCACUGAUUGUGGCCUUAAUCUGAAGAUGCGUGGCCAUUUCUGGGUGGGCGAAGAGAUGUACUGUGAGAAACAUGCUCGCCAGCGCUACCAGGGGCCAGGAGUGGCCAGCCCUGUCACUGCAGUCUAUUCCCAAUCCUAAAAUGUAUCCAAGCACAUAAGAGCUUCCUCCCAUAACAAAUCUGUAUGAGUACCAGAAGUUCCCUGGGUCUCUUUCAACAGGCUCUUCUCCUGCACCAUCUCAACCAAUCGAGGGGAUCUCUUCCCCAACUUUUUUCUGAUGAAAUGGUUAGUGCCUUCUGCCAGUGGAGAUCCAUCCAGGAAAGUGAGCUUCCAGUACAAAGCAGAAGGGCUCAAGGAUCUUGGGAAUAGGGCUUGCGUUUCACCAGUAGAAAAUGCUUUCAGUUGACAGGUUCUUAGCCUGUUUCUUAGAAGGGCACUUUCCAUGUAGCACAAGCAUGUUCAUGUUUGGCAUUUGGUGGCUUUGGAGGGAUGGGAAAUGGUGGCCUCACGUGGGGCAUGCUGUGGGAUGCAGGGGUCCUUGCCCGCAUCACCACUCUUCUUUUCAUACCAGGAGUGAAACCCAAGUGCCUCUUGCCAGCUACGCUCUCACCCAAGCAGAAGGCAACGUUGCUCCCUUUUGUGGCUCUAGCACCUCUUUCUCCCCACAGCCGCCAACAUCGUUGCUUCCCUGUAGAAAAUGGAGAAGUGAAGUGAGGUGGGGGAGUCUCGAAAGCUGUGGGGCAGCUUUGAAUAUUGACUCUGUAAAGCUUCUCUAAGAUCUCUAUGUAAAAUGUAAUAUAUAUGUAUAAAUUACUUGCCCUGUGCCUUUGCUUUGUGAAAACAAAGAGCAGUAGAAAUA